AUGAGUUGCUUCACGUUCGUCAAACUGAUGAUGGUUUUGUUCAACCUGCUCAUCUUUCUGGGCGGGAUCACCCUGGUCGCCAUGGGGAUCUGGGUCAGCGUGGACGGCGGUUCCUUCCUGAAGGUCCUGGGUCCGUUCUCCAGCCAGGGGACGCUGUUCGUCAAUGUGGGCUUCUUCUGCAUCGCCAUCGGGGCGGUCCUGGUUCUGAUGGGCCUGUUGGGCUGCUGUGGAGCCCACAAGGAGAGCAAAUGUCUGCUGCUGAUGUUCUUCUCCAUCGUCCUCAUCAUCUUCAUCGCGGAGGUGGCGGCUGCCGUGGUGGCUCUGGCCUACUCCUCAUUUGCCGAGGGGCUCCUCAGAGCGUGGGCGACUCCGACUUUACAGAACGACUACGGCAGCGAACCAGUGGUCACCAAGAUCUGGAACACCACCAUGACGGAGCUGAAAUGUUGUGGUUUCACCAACUACACAGACUUCAUGGGGUCAAAGUUCGCCAAGGAGAACGGCGGUAGUCUGCCGCCGAGCUGCUGCUGGACCCACAGCGCCCCCUGCAGCCCGGAGGAGGCGCGACGCAGCGACGUUCAGGGCUGUUUUAAGCACAUCCUCAAAACCCUCCAAGAAAACGCCAACAUCGUGGGAGGCAUCGCAGCAGGAAUCGGGAUUUUAGAGAUCGCUGCCAUGGCCGUGUCCAUGUACCUGUACUGUCACCUGGACAAGAACGUGAGCUGAGACUGAACCCCCCCCACCCCGAGACCAACGUCCUGAUGUCCAACUGUC